AAAUGUCAUCCAGUUUGCCACAUGUGCCAAAUCUCGAGUAGGCAAGUUGCACAAAAUUAUAUUUUCUAUCGGCUUUUACUCCCAUGCAGUUUAGUUUGAAUCAUAUAAUUUCAACUUGUUAAUUAAUUUACAAUGGAAAGUCAGCUACGUUGGGGAAUUAUUAGCGUUGGUAGAAUUAGCAAUGACUUUGUCACAGCUUUAAAGAUUUUACCAGCAUCUGAACACAAGAUCGUAGCUGUCGCUGCAAGAAAUCUCGAAGCUGCGAAAGAGUUUGGACAUAAGCACAACAUCGCAAAAUGUUUCGAUAAUUACGAAGAACUAAUUAAGGACCCUGAUGUGGAAGCCGUCUAUAUUGGUAGCAUCAAUCCUCAACAUUUUCCUUUGGCAAAAUUAGCAAUUUCCCAUGGGAAAAAUGUUCUCUGUGAGAAACCUCUUUGUAUGAAUUUAAAGGAGACUUUGUCCCUUGUGGAGUUUGCCAAACAAAAAGACGUAUUUCUGAUGGAGGCAAUCUGGAGUCGUUUCUUCCCUGCCUAUGCGAAACUCAGGGAGGAGCUUAAAAAGGACACCGUCGGCGAAGUGCUUCAAGUUUUUGCCAGCCUUGGUUGUCCUGUUUCCGAAUUUGAUAAUUGCAGACUGAAAAGCCUUGGUGGUGGGUCUCUUCUCAAUAUCGGGGUUUACUGUGUUCAGUUCGCAACGUUAGUGUUUCCAGAAGAACGCCCAGAGAAAAUUGUCGCUUCGGGACACCUAAACUCUGACGGGGUUGAUGAAAGCAUUUCCAUUAUACUCACCUACAAGGGAGGAAGAACGGCCACGCUAAUCUCCCACAACAGGGUGGAGCUCAUGAACGAGGCCUGCAUAAUAGGGACGAAGGGCAUCUUGAAGCUCCCAGCAAUGUUUGUGUGUCCCAAUGCACUAAUUACGCCAACAGAGACAUUAAAUUUUCCACUGCCUGCUGCAUUACCAGGAUCAACCUUCAAUUAUCCGAGAAGUGAAGCUCUCUCUUAUGAGGCCCAAGAGACUCGCAAGUGUAUUAAAAACGGUCUCAAGGAAAGCCCGGAAAUGAAACUGAGCGAGUCAGUUUUAAUUGCUGAAAUUAUGCAGACGGCAAGAAAGCAGUUGGGAGUAUCGUAUGAUCAAGAUUGAUGAAAAUGUAUGCGGCAGUGAUUAAGAAAUAUGUACGCCACACGUCGUGUAGUUAUAAAUUGAAAGGUUUAUUGAAGAGGAUAAGAUUUAAUUAACUAUCACUACAAUUUUGUAAGUAUUUUACAACAUGUUUGGAAAUUGGAAUAAUGAUUGAUGCGCCGUCAUUUGUUACUACUAUUAAUUAAUAUAUGUAUGUACUUCUAUAAAGAGUGACCAUACUGUACACAACCAAAUAGUACAGAAAGGUCCCAUGUUCAUCGAUUAGAAAACAUUAUGUGCAAUAAUAAAAAUUUAAAUUUGAAACACA